AUGUGCUGCUAUUGUGUUUGCUGUACAGUUUCAGAUCUUAUUCUUUAUGUCGUGGCGUUUUUCUUGCCACCUGUGGGCGUAUUGCUGAGAAGCGGGUGUUGCUCAUCAGAUCUCUUACUGAACAUCCUUCUGACAAUGCUGGGUGUUAUACCAGGGAUGAUUCAUGCCUUUUACUACAUCACCGUCACAAGUCCUCUAAGGAGAGAAGAAACCCGUUACUACUACCAAUCUGGCUGGGAAGACGGUCAUCGCAAUGGCUCCCGAGGUUCAAGAAGCUGUCAUCACGGGCGCCGUUCCGAACCUGUAGUUAGGGAACAACCUUCUCCAGUAACACCGCUGCUCUCUAAUCCCGGCAAAGACUCGCCUCCGCCUUACACCGAGACAGUGUAA